AUGGCUGCACCGAGCCUACAACUGAAUGAAAGCCCUGCUCUGCCCAGUGGCUCAGUCCCGGCCCCUGGUCACUCAUUCACUCAUUCAAGUUCUCCCAAAGUAACUCCACCAAGUCCCCCAGAAUCCCCCCCGCCAAAAAAAAGACACGCAAUCACUGGUGACCCCUACAGGGCUGAGGUCCUGCUCCCUCCAAUAAGCAGAUGUGCCAGGGCUUUGCGCCUGUCAGCAUCAAAGGACGGUCAAUGCCCCCUUGGCCUGGCCACUACCCUCCGCCACCAGCCAUCUCAGAGAGCUGAGGCCUGCCUGCUUCAGAAACACAAAGUAGAUCUUUUCUACAAACUACGUCAUGUGAUGAAUGAACUUAUUGACCUGCGGAGGCAGCUACUCUCUGGCCACCUGACUCAGGACCAGGUGAGAGAGGUUAAGCGGCAUAUCACCGUGCGCCUGGACUGGGGUAAUGAGCAUUUGGGCCUGGACCUGGUGCCUCGGAAGGACUUUGAAGUAGUGGAUUCGGACCAGAUUAGUGUCUCAGAUCUCUAUAAGAUGCAUUUAUCUAGCCGACAGAGUGUACAGCAGAGCACAUCCCAGGUAGAUACAAUGCGACCACGUCAUGGGGAAACCUGUCGGAUGCCAGUGCCACAUCACUUCUUCCUUAGCCUAAAGAGUUUCACCUAUAAUACCAUUGGAGAAGAUACUGAUGUUUUCUUUUCUUUAUAUGACAUGAGAGAAGGCAAGCAGAUAAGUGAGCGGUUUCUUGUGAGACUAAACAAGAAUGGUGGACCACGGAACCCAGAGAAGAUAGAACGAAUGUGUGCCCUUUUUACAGAUCUGAGCAGCAAAGAUAUGAAGAGAGAUUUGUAUAUAGUUGCCCAUGUGAUCCGAAUAGGCCGGAUGCUCCUCAAUGACUCAAAGAAGGGCCCUGCUCACCUGCACUACAGGCGACCCUAUGGCUGUGCAGUCCUAAGCAUCUUGGAUGUCCUACAAUCUCUCACUGAAUUGAAGGAAGAAAAGGAUUUUGUUCUUAAAGUUUACACGUGCAACAAUGAGAGUGAGUGGUCCCAGAUCCAUGAGAACAUCAUCCGAAAGUCCAGUGCCAAAUAUUCUGCCCCCAGCGCCAGCCAUGGUCUUAUCAUUUCUCUACAGCUUCUUCGUGGAGACAUGGAACAGAUUCGGAGAGAAAAUCCCAUGAUAUUUAAUAGGGGAUUGGCAAUAACAAGAAAAUUGGGAUUUCCUGAUGUCAUUAUGCCAGGUGAUAUCCGCAAUGACCUGUACCUAACCCUGGAGAAGGGGGAUUUCGAGAGAGGAGGAAAGAGUGUACAAAAGAAUAUUGAAGUGACCAUGUAUGUGCUUUAUGCAGAUGGAGAAAUCCUGAAGGAUUGCAUCAGCUUGGGUUCAGGAGAACCAAAUAGGAGUUCUUACCACUCCUUUGUCCUCUACCACAGUAAUAGUCCUCGUUGGGGAGAAAUUAUCAAAUUGCCCAUCCCCAUUGACAGGUUCCGGGGCUCUCACCUGCGCUUCGAGUUCAGACAUUGUUCCACAAAGGACAAAGGGGAAAAGAAACUCUUUGGCUUUGCAUUCUCACCCCUGAUGCGUGAUGAUGGCACUACACUCUCAGAUGAUAUUCAUGAGCUUUACGUGUACAAGUGUGAUGAGAAUAGCACAUUUAACAACCAUGCUCUGUACCUGGGCCUGCCCUGCUGCAAAGAAGACUACAAUGGCUGCCCUAAUAUCCCCUCCAGCCUCAUCUUCCAGCGCAGCACCAAAGAGUCUUUCUUCAUUUCCACUCAGCUCUCCUCUACCAAACUCACCCAGAAUGUGGACCUCCUUGCUCUGCUGAAAUGGAAGGCCUUCCCAGAUCGGAUCAUGGAUGUCCUAGGACGGCUGCGACACGUCAGUGGGGAAGAAAUUGUUAAGUUUCUGCAGGACAUCUUAGAUACACUCUUUGUGAUUUUGGAUGAUAAUACAGAGAAAUAUGGCCUGUUGGUUUUUCAGUCUCUGGUAUUCAUCAUCAACCUGCUCCGAGACAUCAAGUAUUUUCACUUUCGACCUGUGAUGGACACCUAUAUCCAGAAGCACUUUGCUGGAGCUCUGGCAUACAAGGAGCUCAUCCGCUGUUUGAAGUGGUAUAUGGACUGUUCAGCAGAACUGAUUCGGCAGGACCACAUUCAGGAAGCCAUGCGGGCUUUGGAGUACCUUUUCAAGUUCAUUGUACAGUCACGGAUCCUGUACUCACGAGCAACGUGUGGGAUGGAAGAAGAACAAUUCCGAUCCAGCAUCCAAGAACUUUUCCAGUCCAUUCGGUUUGUGCUCAGUCUGGACAGCAGAAACUCAGAAACACUCCUUUUCACUCAGGCUGCACUCCUCAAUUCUUUCCCAACCAUCUUUGAUGAACUGCUACAAAUGUUCACUGUACAAGAGGUGGCAGAAUUUGUGAGAGGGACCCUGGGGAGCAUGCCAAGCACUGUACAUAUCGGACAGUCAAUGGAUGUGGUCAAGCUGCAAUCCAUUGCCAGGACAGUGGACAGCCGCCUAUUUUCUUUCUCAGAAUCCCGCCGCAUCCUGCUUCCUGUGGUUCUCCAUCACAUUCACCUUCACCUGAGGCAGCAGAAAGAGCUGCUAAUCUGCUCAGGGAUUCUUGGCAGCAUUUUCUCCAUUGUCAAGACCUGCUCUCUGGAAGCCGAUGUCAUGGAGGAAGUAGAGAUGAUGGUGGAGAGCCUCCUGGACGUGCUCUUGCAGACUCUGCUCACCAUCAUGAGCAAAUCGCACGCUCAGGAGGCGGUAAGAGGGCAGCGAUGCCCGCAGUGCACAGCCGAGAUCACUGGAGAGUAUGUAUCCUGCCUUCUCUCACUGCUCCGCCAAAUGUGUGACACCCAUUUCCAGCACCUCUUGGACAACUUUCAGAGCAAAGAUGAACUCAAGGAAUUCUUGCUGAAGAUUUUCUGUGUGUUCCGGAACCUGAUGAAGAUGACCGUCUUCCCUCGAGACUGGAUGGUGAUGAGACUACUCACAAGCAAUAUUAUAGUCACCACUGUUCAGUACCUGUCCUCUGCACUGCACAAGAAUUUCACAGAGACAGACUUUGACUUUAAGGUGUGGAAUUCUUAUUUUAGCCUGGCAGUUUUGUUCAUAAAUCAGCCAAGCCUUCAGCUAGAAAUCACCACUUCAGCCAAAAGGAAGAAGAUUCUAGACAAGUAUGGAGACAUGCGUGUUAUGAUGGCUUAUGAACUCUUCAGCAUGUGGCAGAAUUUGGGUGAACAUAAGAUCCACUUUAUUCCGGGAAUGAUUGGUCCUUUUCUGGGUGUGACAUUGGUCCCACAACCAGAAGUGCGGAAUAUCAUGAUUCCCAUUUUUCAUGACAUGAUGGACUGGGAACAAAGGAAAAAUGGCAACUUUAAACAGGUGGAGGCUGAGCUCAUUGACAAACUGGACAGCAUGGUGUCGGAAGGAAAAGGCGAUGAGAGCUACAGGGAACUCUUCAGCCUGCUAACCCAGCUGUUUGGGCCCUACCCCAGCCUGCUGGAGAAAGUUGAACAAGAAACAUGGCGUGAAACCGGUAUUUCCUUUGUGACCUCUGUCACCCGCCUCAUGGAACGUCUUCUUGACUACAGGGACUGCAUGAAAGGAGAGGAAACAGAGAAUAAGAAGAUUGGCUGCACUGUUAACCUGAUGAACUUUUACAAAUCUGAGAUUAACAAAGAAGAGAUGUAUAUCCGUUAUAUCCAUAAGCUUUGUGAUAUGCACUUGCAGGCUGAAAACUACACAGAGGCUGCAUUCACCCUGCUUCUUUACUGUGAGCUACUGCAGUGGGAGGACCGGCCACUGCGGGAAUUCCUCCAUUACCCGUCCCAGACAGAGUGGCAGCGGAAAGAAGGACUGUGCCGGAAGAUCAUUCACUACUUCAACAAAGGCAAGAGCUGGGAGUUUGGGAUCCCACUAUGCAGAGAGCUGGCAUGUCAGUAUGAGAACCUCUACGAUUAUCAGAGCCUCAGCUGGAUACGGAAAAUGGAGGCCAGCUACUAUGACAACAUUAUGGAGCAGCAACGCCUGGAGCCUGAGUUCUUUCGAGUUGGCUUUUAUGGCAGGAAGUUUCCUUUCUUCCUUCGGAACAAAGAAUACGUGUGCCGUGGCCAUGACUACGAAAGGCUGGAGGCUUUCCAGCAGAGGAUGCUCAGCGAGUUCCCACAGGCUGUCGCCAUGCAGCACCCCAACCAUCCUGAUGAUGCCAUCCUACAGUGUGAUGCCCAGUAUUUGCAGAUCUAUGCAGUGACGCCCAUUCCAGAUUAUGUGGAUGUUCUGCAGAUGGAUAGGGUCCCAGAUCGUGUCAAGAGCUUCUAUCGUGUCAACAAUGUGAGGAAGUUCCGGUACGACAGACCUUUUCACAAAGGCCCCAAGGACAAAGAGAAUGAAUUCAAGAGCCUGUGGAUUGAGCGUACCACACUGACCUUGACCCACAGCUUACCUGGCAUCUCUCGAUGGUUCGAGGUGGAGAGGAGGGAACUGGUGGAAGUGAGCCCUCUGGAAAAUGCCCUCCAAGUGGUUGAGAAUAAGAACCAAGAGCUGCGGGCCUUGAUCAGCCAGUAUCAGCACAAGCAGGCUCAUGGCAACAUCAACCUGCUCAGCAUGUGCCUGAAUGGGGUCAUUGAUGCAGCUGUCAAUGGAGGCAUUGCCCGCUACCAGGAGGCCUUCUUUGAUAAAGACUAUAUCAUCAAGCACCCAGGAGAUGCUGAGAAGAUCACCCAGCUUAAGGAGCUCAUGCAGGAGCAGGUCCAUGUCCUUGGAGUUGGGCUAGCAGUUCAUGAGAAGUUUGUGCACCCAGAAAUGAGGCCUCUGCAUAAGAAGCUGAUCGAUCAGUUCCAGAUGAUGCGAGCCAGUCUCUACCAUGAGUUUCCAGGUUUGGAUAAGCUAAGUCCUGCAUGUUCAGGCACCAGCACCCCCCGGGGAAAUGUUCUGGCAUCUCAUAGCCCCUUGAGUCCUGAGAGCAUGAAGAUGACCCACCGACACAGCCCCAUGAACUUGAUGGGCACAGGCCGCCAUUCAUCAUCCUCUCUCUCCUCACAUGCGUCUAGCGAAGCGGGAAACAUGGUGAUGCUAGGCGACAGCUCCAUGGGCGAGGCUCCUGAGGACCUGUACCACCACAUGCAGCUCGUGUAUCCCAACCCUAGGUACCAGGGCUCAGUCACCAACGUCUCUGUUCUGUCCUCGUCCCAGGCAAGCCCUUCUUCUUCCAGCCUGAGUUCCACCCACUCUGCACCAUCCCAGAUGAUUACCUCUGCCCCUUCCAGUGCUCGAGGCUCUCCCUCUCUGCCAGAUAAGUACCGCCAUGCCCGGGAAAUGAUGUUGCUGCUGCCCACACACCGGGACCGCCCAAGCAGUGCCAUGUAUCCAGCAGCCAUCCUGGAGAAUGGACAGACACCAAAUUUCCAGAGAGCCCUGUUCCAGCAAGUGGUUGGAGCCUGCAAACCCUGCAGUGAUCCCAAUCUAUCUGUGGCUGAAAAAGUGGUGCCAGCAGCCCCCAGCAGCUGGAGCCUGGAUAGCGGAGCCCAAGAGGCCCAGUCCCUCCUGCCUGCCCACAUCCUGAUCCCCCCAGUGCCUCCCCGAAGCCUGCUGCAUGGUCAUUACUCAUUACACUUUGACGCCUUCCACCACCCUUUGGGUGAUACUCCCCCAGCCCUCCCUGCCCGGACCCUACGCAAGUCACCUCUCCACCCUAUCCCAGCCUCCCCCACAAGCCCCCAGUCAGGCCUGGAUGGCAGUAACUCUACACUGUCCGGCAGUGCCAGCAGCGGUGUGUCUUCCUUGAGUGAAAGUAACUUUGGGCACUCUUCAGAGGCCCCACCUCGCACUGACACCAUGGACUCCAUGCCAAGCCAGACCUGGAAUGCUGACGAAGAUCUUGAGCCACCCUACCUCCCUGUACACUACAGCCUCUCUGAAUCUGCUGUCCUGGAUUCCAUCAAGACCCAGCCAUGCAGAAGCCACUCAGCCCCGGGAUGUGUCAUCCCUCAGGACCCCAUGGACCCGCCUGCGCUGCCACCCAAGCCCUACCAUCCCCGCCUGCCAGCCCUGGAGCAUGAUGAGGGGGUGCUUCUUCGGGAAGAGAUGGAGAGGCCUCGGGGCCUACACCGUAAGCCCUCACUGCCUCCUGGGAGCACCAAGGAGGAACAGGCUCGCAUGGCCUGGGAGCACAGCCGAGGGGAACAGUGA